AUGUAUAAAUUAUUCUUCUUCUUCUUAACUGUUUCGUCAGUUCUUGCGAAACAUGAAGACUUCUUUGGACACACUCUCUACGAAGUGAAAGUAUUGAAUGACAAUCAGCACAGAUACCUCGAUGAAGUGGUAGAACGCUUCUUCCUGGACAAAUGGCAUGCUACAUACACAGGCCAGGAUGGUCUCAUCUUAGUCCCAGGGGAUAUUAAAGAGGACUUCCAAAGGGAGAUGAUUCACGCUGGCAUUCCUUAUGAAAUUAAAUCCAAUAACAUCAAAGAACAACUAGACCUCGAAGAUGAGCUUAUGGCUGCUGCAUCUGCUAAAAUGAACAGAUCAACACCUGGACUUUCUUUCGAUGUUAUCCAUAGAUACGAAGUCGUGAACAACUACCUUCAACGACUCGCCAACAGCUACGCCAACGUCCGAGUUGAAUCAGCUGGUAAAAGUGUCGAAGGUCGUGAUAUUAGAUACCUGAGGAUCUCUUCUGAUAACUUCCAGUCUAGAACCAAGCCAGUUGUCUUCCUGAUGUCGCUUCUUCAUGCUCGUGAAUGGGUGACUCUACCCGCUUCGCUAUAUGCCAUUGAAAAGCUGGUUAUUGACGUCAGAGACAGAACUUUGGUCAACAACAUUGAUUGGAUCAUCAUGCCUAUUGCCAACCCUGAUGGAUACGAAUUCACUCACACUAACGUAAACCCGCAUGUGGCGGCGCCAGGUAAAAACCGCGCCAGGAACGCUGGAUGGUCAAUGUGCCCAGGUGUCGACCUCAAUAGAAACUUCGACCACAACUGGGGUACCGCCUCCAGCGCGUCUCCUUGCACGGAAACUUUCCACGGCACUGGACCAUUCUCUGAACCAGAGACCCAGGCCGUCAGAAAUGUCCUCAACCAAGUCAGAAACCGAUUGGAACUCUUCAUUGAUAUCCACAGCUUCGGUAGCAUGAUCCUGUACGGUUUUGGUAAUAGGCAGCUCCCUCCAAACGCAUUGACACUCAACAUGGUAGGAGUAAGAAUGGCACAGAGGAUUGACGCUGUCAAGUGGUCGAACAAGAGAAACUAUAGAGUAGGAAACAUCGUUGAUGUAAUAAAUUACCGUGCUUCUGGCGGUUCUAGUGACUACGUUCAGUCCUUUGGAAACCUUCUCUCUUUCACCUAUGAGCUCCCUGCCUACAGAAAUGUGGCUAACAUUAACGGUUUCCUGGUAGACCCCGCAUUUAUUUAUCAAGCUGGUAUGGAGACUUGGGAAGGUAUUCAAGCUGGUGCCCGCUAUGUUCUUGAGAGGAGAAGGAUGGCGGAGGCUAAAUAA